UUUAUAACAACCGCUGUCCCCCCCCCUGGCCAGGUUAUUCACGGACGGGCUGAUCUGGGCUCUGGCCAUGAGGUUUGCCAUCGACCAGAUCAACAACUGCAGCUGGCUGCUGCCGGGCAGGCGGCUGGGCUACGAGAUGCUGGACACGUGCCUGGAGCCGCUGGCGGCGCUGCAGCCCAGCCUGCUGUUCCUGAGCCGCGGCGGCAGCGCCCGCAUCGCGCUGCGCCGCAACUACAGCGAGUACCGGCCCCGCGUCACCGCCGUCAUCGGCCCGCACCGCUCCGACCUCUGCCUGCUCACCGCCAAGCUCUUCAGCUCCUUCCUCAUCCCCCAGGUGAGCUACGGGGCCAGCAGUGAGAGCCUGAGCAACACGGAGCUGUUCCCGUCCUUCUACCGCACCGUGCCCGGGGACAAGAACCUGGCCGAGGCCCUGGUGCUGCUGCUCAACCAGUUUGGCUGGAACUGGGUGGCCACAGUGGCCAGUGAUGAUGAGUAUGGCCGGGGAGCCCAGGCUCUGUUCCUCAGCAUGGCUGGAGCUGGCAACAUCUGCAUCGCCUUCGAGGGGCUCAUCCCUGCGGACCUGGCCGAGCCCAGCGCCAGGAGGCAGCUGGAAAACAUCAUUAAGUUAAUUAACAGCACUAAGGUUAAUGUUGUGGUGCUGUUUGCUCACAGCCUGCCAGCACAGGCACUGCUGGAGCACAGCAUCAGGAUGGGGCUGGGGAAGAAGGUGUGGGUUGGCACCGAGGCCUGGCUGCUGUCGGACAUCGCUGCCUCCACCCCUGACAUCCAGAGCGUGGGGACAGUGCUGGGCUUUGUCAUGAGGGCAGGGACAGUCCCUGGCUUCCAGGAGUACGUGGCUGAGCUCUUCAGCUCCGUGGUGCAGGAGGAAUUCUGUCAGGAGUCCCGGCAGCUGAGCGGGGUGCUGGACGCCGGGGGGCUGGACGCGCGCUGCCAGCAGUGUGACCGCGUCACCCUCGGGGACAUCUGGCCCAUGCUGACCGUGACCAUGGUGCAGCCCGUGCAGGUGGCCGUGUACAGCGUGGCCCAUGCCCUGCACAGAGCCCUGGGCUGCACCUCCAAAAGCUGUCCCAAAACACCCAUCAGGUCCUGGCAGCUGCUGCACUUCAUGAACACCUUCCCCUUCGAGGUGAACGGCCAGAGCUUCAGGUUUGAUCAAUCCCACGGCACAAACACGGGGUACAAACUCAUCUUCUGGGCCUGGAGGGACGGCAGCGUCUCCUACCUGCCCGUGGGGGACUAUGACCAGUCCCUGUACAUCCAGAAGUCCCAGAUCCAGUUCCACACCCCAGAUAAGAAGGAGCCCAGGUCCGAGUGCUUCAGGCGCUGCCAGCCAGGACAAUUCAGAAGAGUAAAAGGAUUCAACCUCUGCUGCUAUGACUGCACAGACUGCUCAGAAAACACCUUCUGGAGCAGCACAGGCGGCCCCAGCUGCUCGCCGUGCCCGCCGCACCAGUGGGCCCCGGCCCGCAGCACUCGGUGCCUGCAGCGCGGGGAGCGCUUCCUGGCGUGGCGCAGCCCCGCGGCCGUGGCGCUGCUGGCGCUGGCGGCCCUGGCGGGCUCCGCGAGCGGCGCGGCGGCGCUGCUGUUCCUCAGGCACCUGCGGAGCCCCCUGGUGCGGCUGGCCGGGGGCUCCCGGAGCGUGUUCGCCCUGCUGUGGCUGCUGCUGCACAGCCUGGGCUGCGCGCUGUUCGUGGGCCGGCCCGGCGCCGCGCUCUGCGCCCUGCAGCAGCCGUGCCUCGCCCUGUGCCUCAAUGGCUGCUUCUCGUCGCUGCUGCCCACGGCCCUGGCGCUCACCCUGCGGGCGGAGCUCCCUCGCUGCGCCCCGCGGCUGCUGCGCGGGCUGGGCGGGGGCCGGGCCUGGCUGCUGGUGGCCGCGUCCCUCCUCACGCAGCUGCUGCUCUGCUGCUGCCACCUCUACCUGGGCCCGGAUCGGCUGGUGCUCGACUACACCUCCCUGCCCAGCGAGGUGCUGCUGGUGUGCGGCACCCGCUCCUGGGCCGCCUUCGCCGUCCUGCACGGCUACAACGGCGUCCUGUGCUGCCUGUGCUUCCUGGGCACCUUCAUGGUGCGCGGCCCCGGCAGCGCCUACAACGCGGCCCGCGGCAUCACCUUCGCCUCCCUCAGCUGCCUCGUGGUCUGGAUUUUCUUCCUGGUCAUUUUUGCCACGCUCAGGACGGUCCUCAGGGCUGUCACACAGAUCAGCACCGUCCUGGCCACCACUCUGGGGAUUUUGGCGAGUUACUUCAUCCCCAAGUGCUACAUCCUGGUGUUCAGGCCUGAUCUCAACACGGAGGAUUAUUGCCAGAAUCCCACUGAGGAGCAGCCAGAGGUGGACAGACAAUAAAAAAAUCCUCUGUCGGAUUUUAAGGAGAAAAUCCUGUUUGUGAGCACUCUGGCACAAUCACAGGGCUCAGCACUUGCAGCCCUGUCUGCCCCAAAAAGGAGCCAAAAAUAGGUUCAGUUAAUGAAACAACCCCAGAAAUGAUAUUUUACAUCAUCUCAAGCCUGGCAAUGUCAGCCUCAGCAACACCACUGCCCUUUAAAUGCUUCUGGAAUUUUCCCUUUCUUAAUAAUUAACAGCUCCAGAGACACAUCCAGGAAUCCUUUCCCAAGCCUUGUAAGAAUUUUCAAAUAUAUCCAAUAAAAGAGGAGUAAAAAGAACAUUCUGCCAGCAGCAGCAGCUGUGUGUGACACAAGGGGGGAGAUCAGACAUUCAAAUCCCAGCUCAAUUUGAGUUCAUGGAAAUCAGGGGAAGGCUCAUGGAAAUGAGCUCUGUGCAAAUCACACUCUCCAAAGGUUCCUCCAUCCCCAAAAAACAGGCAAAGCACCAAAACUUCACAUUGCUGCCAAGCAGGACCAAGUCAAUGUCCAGUCGCAUCACCAAGAUUCUGCUUUUCCCCACUCAUGUUGACAAGUAACUAUUCUGCUCUUUUAUUCCUUAAGGUUUUUCCAUUUCUGCUCUUUUAUUCCCUAAAUUAAUUUUUUCCAUCUUUCCAUUGUGUGUUGUUAGAAUUUAAUCAGUGAACUCAAUUAAAGAAUUUGUAAAUUAAUCUAAACCAGUGAAUAUUUUCAUUCUUUAAAAAAAAAAGAACCUUUUGGUGCACUGCAAAGUUACCUGUCCUUAAUUUUUGUGAUCAACUCCAUCCAAAAUUAUUUCUCAGUGUGAUUUAAAAAACCAAAACUCUGACCUGGAGGCUGGAAUUCUUGUUCCUGGAGCCUGCAGGAAUUCUUCACACCCCCAUUGGUGUACCUGAAAUUCUCAGUUCCUUGCUCCAGGGCUGUGGUUCCAUAGCAGAGAAGCAUUAAAUAACUUUUGAUCAUCAUUCCAGAAAUAGGGAAAGGAAAAAAAAAAAUCUCAUUUAACUCCACCAGGUCCUGCAGGAAAAAGAUGUCCAAAAUUCUGAUAAUUUAAUACUCACCUAAAUUCUGAUCAAUUAAUAUUCACCUAAAUUCUGACCAUUUAAUAUUCACUUAAAUUCUGAUCAUUUAAUAUUCACUGAAAUUCUGAUCAUCUAAUAUUCACUUCACAGGAAAAUGCUGGAUUUAUGGUAUUUAAAUGAUGUUUCACUCUCUCCUUGCUGUAGAAUUUUUACCAGCUGGGAAGAAGGAAUCUGCCUCACCAAGCUGUGCUUGCUCUUCUUAUUUAGGCUGGAAAAUUAGAAUAAUUUAGGCUGGAAAAACACCUUUAAAUCUGAGUCCAGCUGAGCCCCUCAGACCCUCCAGGGUGUCCUGACAAACCCAGAGUCUACACAAGGUGUCCCAGUGCUCCUGGUUUCUGCUGGAGAGUCCAAAAAUGAGGAAUAUUUAUGAAAUAAAUAAUAAUGAAAUACUGCAAAGAACUGAACACAUACACUGGGGUUAUCACAUAAAAUUAAAAGCUUUUUAGUGUUUAAAAUAGCAUUUACACAUAAGCAGCUAUAUAUUAACUAUACAGACACUUGGGUUUUAAUACAAUAUCUACAAAAAAGAAUUCAAUUAUGCAAUAGACAUUUAACAGGAACAGUGCAGUCCAUGCUAAUAAGAGGUCACUCUUUGAGUAGAACCAAUUCUAGGAUAGGUGAUAGUCUGGGUUUUCAUUAUUUAAAAUCAUGUAACUUUGUUCUUCUACUGUACAUAAAAUUCUUUACAGGUAUUUCUAAUCACUGAUUAGAAUUAAUAAUUUUAAGUCAAUCUUAUUACAAUCCAGUUAAAUGCAAAACAAAACAAAACAAAACAAAACAAAACAAAACAAAAAAAAAACAAAAAAAAAAAAAAAAAAACCAAAACAAUUACAUCAACCCAUGAGCUGUCAAGUCUCAGGAGGGGAGAGAACAAAAAUCAUAGCAAAAGUCCAAGUCUGUGCAUCAUUGCUUGCCAUCCCAUAAAACCUUUGGAUCAAGUGUCCAGGGACAAUUUCCUUGGAAAAGCAGGACCAGGAGCAGGAGGUCAAAGACACCAGAAUGCUUUUAAGACUAUCUGCCAAAAAAUGGACUCCUCAGAGUUCAAACAGUGGCUGGAGACUCUCCCCCUGCAGAUCCUGCCUCAUCCCAGAAUGUUUCCUGUCCCCUGCCCAGGGUCCUGCAGAAAUCCCUGCUGGAGAAAAAUGUCCA